CUUUUUUUUUUUUUUUUUUGUCGCGAAUGGAAAGUUGCGCUCGAAGUUGCGCAGCGCGCGCGCCGUCCCCGGUGCGCAUCUCCGUCCCCCGUCCGACGGUGCCGCGCACGCACAGCUCUUCAGCGGUUGGGGGGGGCGGGGGACCAGGAGGACCUCCAUCCGACGGGACUUCCUCAUCGAGCCCUUUUACAGCCCAAGUUAGGAGAAUAUUUAACCAAGAUUGCAGCAGCGCAGCAGCGCACCCGCCUUCUGCCGGUGAACAUCGGACCGCGUUCAUGAGGGAGCCCUGAUCUGACUGAGUGGCGCGCGACCCUCGGACCAGGGGCUUCCUCCAGAGCCGCCGCGCGCCGACCCUCCUCGCGACGCCCGCUCUACUCCGCGCUCAGCGCAAUGAAGAACUGGGGCAAGGUGCUCCUGGGGGUGCUGGGUCUGGCUGUUGUCAUCACCCUCAUAGCUGUGCCCACCGGCAUAUAUUUAAACUCGGAUUCGGGUAGGCCGACAAAGACGUUCACACUUGAAGAUUACUUCAACAGUAGCUUUAACUAUAAGUCCUACAACAUGCGAUGGAUUUCGGACAAAGAAUACCUGCACAAAACAAGGAACGGAACAGUCAUCCUUCACAAUGUAGAAACUGGACAAUCCUCAGACUUUGUGUCCAGUGAUAAAUUUGCACAGGUGGAUGCCAGUGAUUAUUAUGUGUCUGCUGACCGGAAAUUUGUAUGUUUCGAGAGUAAUUACACCAAGUUAUGGAGACACUCUUACACAGCGUCUUAUUCGAUCUACGAUGUGGAAAACUCGAAAUUUGUUACCCCAUCACACAUUCCACAGGAAGUGCAGUACUUGGUUUGGGCCCCGACUAGAAACAUGCUGGCCUACGUCUGGGACUUCAACGUGUACAUAAAGCCUGAGGCCACCUCGCCGUCCGUACAAGUAACCACCAAUGGGAAGAAGAACGCCAUUCUCAACGGCAUCCCAGACUGGGUCUACGAGGAGGAAAUGUUCUCAUCCCACGGAGCCAUGUGGUGGUCACCAAACGGGACGUUCUUGGCCUAUGCAGAGUUUAAUGACACGCAAGUCCAAAACAUCGAGUUUUCGUGGUAUGGAACUGGGCAGUAUCCUGAGACGGUUGUGAUUCCAUACCCUAAGGCCGGUGCAACCAAUCCUAAGGUGAAGCUAUUUGUCGUCAGCUCCGCAAACAUGUCAAGAGUGGCUGAGAUUGUGGUGCCCAGCUCAAUUGGAACAAGUGACCACUACCUGAGCUCGGUCACCUGGAUCACAGAUAGCCGUGUUGCAGUUCAGUGGCUCAUGAGGAUUCAGAACCACGUCAUUCUGCAGAUUUACCAUUUUGACGGAAGCAACUGGAACCCAAGUCAGCAAUACGCGGAGAAAAGCGAGACAGGAUGGGUUGGGCAGUUUUCACCACUACCCCCUUUCUUUGUGGAGGACAGCAACAAUUUUUACCAAGUGAUGAGCGAUAAGAACAAGUAUAAGCACAUCCAUUAUGUGACCAUAGAAGGAGCAAACCCCAUCACGACAGGAACAUGGGAGGUCAUAUACAUCACGAAGCUGACCAAAGAUGCCAUAUACUUUGUGAGCAAUGAACACGGACUAAAAGCAGGACAGAGAAACCUGUACAAGGUCGCGCUACCUGCCAGUGUCCAGUCUCCACGCCAGUGUCUCACCUGCGACCUGAACGUGGACCGGUGUCAGUACAACUCGGGGUACUUCAGCCUCAAUGCUUCCUACUACCGCUGGGACUGUUACGGGCCUGGACUGCCUCUGUUCACACUCAGGGACAACCGAGGACCUGGGUCAGAAAUUCAUGUUCUAGAGGACAACAAAGUCCUGGAAGAGAUGUUGAGAGACAAGAACCUACCGACCACGAAACGUGACAAGAUUAAAGUUGGGGAAUUUGACCUCUGGUACCAGAUGAUCUUACCUCCUGGUUUCGACAAGUCAAAAAAAUACCGUCUGCUUAUCGACGUGUACGCGGGGCCCUGUAGCCAAAAAGUAGACUAUCGCUUCAGGCUGAACUGGGCCACGUACCUCGCCAGUGCAGAAAACAUCAUCGUCGCCAGUAUUGAUGGAAGGGGAAGUGGUUACCAAGGCGACAAAUUAAUGCACUCCAUCUACAAACGGCUGGGAACAUAUGAGGUGGAAGAUCAGAUAGAGACCACAAGGAAAUUCAUCGAUAUGGGCUUCAUAGACAAGGAGAAAAUAGCAAUCUGGGGCUGGUCGUACGGUGGUUAUGUCACGUCGAUGGUUCUGGGAGCUGGAAGCGGGGUUUUCAAGUGUGGAAUGGCUGUGGCUCCAGUAUCUAAAUGGGAAUAUUAUGACUCAAUAUAUACCGAACGCUACAUGAAUCGACCUGUGGACAAUACUGAUUUUUACCAGAAUUCCACUGUGACCAGCAGAGCCAAGAACUUUAAAUCAGUGAAGUACCUCCUGGUUCAUGGAACAGCAGAUGAUAACGUCCAUUUCCAGCAGGCAGCUGAGAUCUCAGAGGCGCUUGUUGAAGAGCAGGUGGACUUUGAGGCCAUGUGGUACACCGAUAAAGACCAUGGUCUGGAUGGUGCGGCACAUCGUCACGUCUACACCCACCUAAGCCACUUCCUGCUGAAUUGCUUCGAGAACAGCAGCCCCUAGUAGAGCAGACUGGGACCUCCCACAUGCCCUCAAACAUGUCACCUUUUCAUUCCCCUGUGCAGGGUCUAUGGACCACGUUUCCAGAUCCCAUGAUUUCUCACUAUGAUCGGAAAAUCACAAAACAGGAGGCCAGAUAUGGCGAUCAUUGUGUCAUAUGUGUGAUUAUAUAUGUGUCUAGGGUUCGGGAUUCCACAAGGAUGAAGCCUUUUGGUUUUUUAAAGUGCAGAAAUGAAUGUUGAGUUACAUGCCAAAAUAUCCUCGCCUGCUUUCCUUUCGGAUCAAAUGACGGUAAUGAGCAAACGACACGUGCGCAGUGACAACUGUAUCCCCGAGAUCCUUGCAUUGAAAAAGAUUAGUUUUUUUCUCCAAAUGGUGUUUAUGCACUGAUUUAGCCAUGUAAGGGUCUGUAAUAAAAUUACAGCAGCUACACUGAAAAUGCUCUGUGGAUUUAUGAGAUGAAAGUCAGACAGUUGCUUAUACAUGUUUCCACAAUAUAAUAAAAUAAUAAAACGAUAAGCUUUG